CCGAAAAUGCCCAGGCAGCCCCCUAUAAGAUCCCCAUGGAAGCUCGACGAUAACCACCCAUAAAUAAUGCAUGUGCCGUCUCCGCGUCCAUCUGGGCGGGGUGAGUAAUCUGUCCUCUUCUCUGCUGUACCAGUAACAGUCAGUACAUACAAUUGAAACCGGUCUCCAGCACAGCAUAACCAGAAAUAGUCGUCGGAUGUGUGAGAAAGUGCGGCUAGGAUUCUAUUAAUUUUUGGGGUGUUGUGAGAUGGGAUGAGAUGAUGAGAUGAGAAAGGGAAAGCUGAACAGUCGCAGCUGACUGACCCGUCAACUGUCUCAUUAUUAAUCACUUUAUGAAGCCCGUACUCUAGUCUACUAUUUUCUACAUAUUAUAUUUCUUACUAGCCCCGCCGUGCUUCCGCGCUCGCUAUACGGAGUAUUCCCCACUGACUCGUGCUCAGUCGAGCUUCCGCCGUACUAUAUGUACUCUGCACCCCGGCCACUAACAGCCACGGAGACGAGAAUCAACGACCAACCGAACUGAACCCCCAAAUAUAUCUCGGAGUUUCCAUUCUUUGCCCACUUCCCCUCCACGCCCGCAGCACGUUAAAGGUUUCUGUCACGGACGUCUGUUCACAUCCAUCAAUCCUCGUGCACGCUGCUAUCAUGGCGAACCUCGACACUCUUGACUUAGUUGUCCUCCUGUCGCUGCUUGCGGCCACCAUAGCCUACUUCACCAAAGGCACCUACUGGGCCGUGGCAAAGGAUCCCUAUGACAAUAUGGUCGCCAACGCCACUGGCGGCGCAAAUUUCGGCAAGACGCGCGACAUUGUCAAGAAGAUGGACGAGAGCAACAAGAACUGCGUCGUCUUCUACGGAUCCCAAACCGGCACCGCCGAGGACUAUGCCGCCAGACUCGCCAAGGAGGGCAAGAGCAGGUUCGGUCUCGAGACCAUGAUUGCCGAUACCGAGGACUACGACUACGUGAACAUUGAUACCAUCCCUAGCGACAAGAUCGUGAUGUUCGUCCUUGCCACUUACGGCGAGGGCGAGCCCACAGAUAACGCUGUCGACUUCUACGAGUUCGUCACGGGCGAAGACACCGCUUUCUCCGAGGGAGCGGAACCAGCACUUGGAAACCUCAAAUACGUUGCAUUUGGUCUCGGAAACAACACCUACGAACACUACAACUCUAUGGUCCGUAAUGUCGACAAGGCCCUCACAAAAUUCGGAGCGGAACGCAUUGGUACCGCUGGCGAGGGCGACGAUGGAGCUGGCACUAUGGAGGAAGAUUUCUUGGCAUGGAAAGACCCAAUGUGGACUGCUCUCGUUGAGAAGCUUGGUCUUGAGGAGCGUGAGGCUGUCUACGAGCCAGUCUUCAGCACAACUGAGCGCGAAGGCCUUGCCAAAGAUGCCCCUGAAGUUUACCUGGGCGAGCCGAACAAGAUGCACCUGGAGGGAGCUUCCAAGGGCCCAUACAACGCACACAACCCAUACAUUGCGCCAAUCAUCGAAUCAAAGGAAAUCUUCACUGUUAAGGACAGAAACUGCUUGCACAUGGAAAUUGAUAUCAGCGGCUCCAACCUCUCUUACCAGACUGGUGACCACAUUGCCGUCUGGCCCACCAACGCCGGCAGGGAAGUCGACAGGUUCCUCAAGGUUACUGGUCUCUACGAAAAGCGCGAUACCAUUAUUGCUGUCAAGCCCCUCGACCCAACCGCUAAGGUUCCCUUCCCGACCCCGACCACCUACGAAGCUGUUGCCCGCUAUCACAUGGAAAUCUGCGCCCCUGUCUCCCGUCAAUACCUCGCAACACUGGCUGCAUUCGCACCAGAUGAGAAGGCUAAGGCUGAGAUGAGCAAGCUCGGUUCGGAUAAGGAAUACUUCUCCAGCAAGGUCUCGUCGCAAUUCCUCAACAUCGCCCAAGUCCUUGAUUCCGUCGCCCCGGGUGCCAUCUGGUCGAACAUCCCGUUCUCUGCCCUCAUGGAAGGUAUCCACAAGAUCCAGCCCCGCUACUACUCGAUUUCGUCCUCUUCGCUCGUCCAGAAGACCAAGAUCUCCAUCACCGCUGUGGUUGAGUCCAUCCAACUGCCUUCGCGCCCAGACUCUCUCAAGGGUGUAACGACCAACUACCUCCUGGCACUCAAGCAGAAGCAACACGGUGACCCUAACCCGGAUCCCCAUGGCCUUACCUACGAAAUCACUGGCCCAAGGAACAAAUACGAUGGCAUCCACGUCCCCGUGCACGUGCGCCACUCGAACUUCAAGCUCCCAUCUGACCCGACAAAGCCCAUCAUCAUGAUCGGCCCCGGAACCGGAGUCGCUCCCUUCCGCGCCUUCGUCCAGGAGCGUGCUGCGCAAGCUGCUGCCGGAACUCUAGUCGGGAAGACAAUUCUGUUCUUCGGAUGCAGGUCCAAGGAGCAGGAUUACCUAUACGAGCAAGAGUGGGCAGAGUACAAGAAAGCUCUCGGCGACAACUUUGAGCUCUUCACCGCCUUCUCCCGCGAUGGCCCCAAAAAGGUCUACGUCCAGCACCGUCUCAAGGAGAACGCCAAGCUCGUCAGCGAGCUCCUCGAGAAGAAGGCCUACUUCUACGUCUGCGGCGACGCGUCGCACAUGGCGCGCGAGGUCAAUGCCGUCUUGACAACGAUUAUCGCCGAGCAGCGCGGCAUCACCGAGCAGAAGGGUGAGGAUGUCGUGAAGUCAAUGAGGAGCGCGAAUCAGUACCAGGAGGACGUCUGGUCAUAGAAUCCUCGCUACAAGCACCUGGACUCGCCUCAUUUCGCGACAAGAGAGUCCGCGGCCCGCGGCGGGGCCCAGCCUAGCCAGCCAGCCAGCCAGCCAGCC